UGGAGUCGUAGGGCGUCGUCAAGGCGGUCGGGUUGGGAGUGGGGCCUCUCCUAGGUGGGCGAUAGGGAUCUUGAGGUUCUCAGGCGAGAGCCUUGUGGACAGUUAUACCAAGUUUUGGGGGCCUUCAGUGGGGACGAGCCGUCGUUGGAACUGUCAGGUGGGGGCGAGUUGGUGUGUCUCGAAUGUAUGAGGAAAAGAAUUGAGAGCGCUGGCAAGAAGGACAGGAGAUAACCUGUGGGGGACCACCGGGACAAAACCUACUUGCUUUGCUACUUUGUUUUAACACUGGGAGUGAGAGAGGAUUGAAAUUUCGGGGUUUCCCCUCAUUUCGCCAAGCAGAAGGUUGGUGGUAUUGGAGGGCCGAGAGCACACAUGCUGAACAUAUGGCUUCUUGAAGAUUUUAUCAAGUUUGGCCUGGCGCUGUGCUAUGUUUAUUUGUACAUGGUUCACAAAAUCUGAAAUCAGGUUUACAGGUGCAUAAAUUACACCCCUAUUGUCAUAAAGCUCGACUAUAAGAGCAUUAUGAAUGUUAAUGACCUCAAACUCAGGUUGUCCAAAGCUGGACAAGAACACCUCCUGCAUUUCUGGAAUGAGCUUGAAGAAGCCCAACAGGUAGAACUUUAUGCAGAGCUCCAGGCCAUGAACUUUGAGGAGCUGAACUUCUUUUUCCAAAAGGCCAUUGAAGGAUUUAACCAGUCCUCUCACCAAGAGAAAGUGGAUGCACGAAUGGAACCUGUCCCUCGAGAGGUGUUGGGGAGUGCUACCAGGGAUCAAGAUCAGCUUCAGGCCUGGGAAAGCGAAGGACUUUUCCAGAUUUCGCAGAACAAAGUAGCAGUUCUUCUUCUAGCUGGUGGGCAGGGGACAAGACUUGGCGUUGCAUAUCCCAAGGGGAUGUAUGAUGUUGGUUUGCCAUCCCAUAAGACACUUUUUCAGAUUCAAGCAGAGCGUAUCCUGAAGCUACAACAGUUAGCUGAAAAAUAUUAUGGCAAAAAAUGCAUUAUUCCAUGGUAUAUAAUGACCAGUGGCAGAACGAUGGAAUCUACAAAGGAAUUCUUUACCAAGCACAAGUACUUUGGUUUAAAAAAAGAGAAUGUAAUCUUUUUUCAGCAAGGAAUGCUGCCUGCUAUGAGUUUUGAUGGGAAAAUUAUUUUGGAAGAGAAGAACAAAGUUUCUAUGGCUCCAGAUGGGAAUGGUGGUCUUUAUCGGGCUCUUGCAGCCCAGAACAUCGUGGAGGACAUGGAGCAAAGAGGCAUCUGGAGCAUUCAUGUCUAUUGUGUUGACAACAUAUUAGUGAAAGUGGCAGACCCCCGCUUCAUUGGAUUUUGCAUUCAGAAAGGAGCAGACUGUGGAGCAAAGGUGGUAGAGAAAACAAACCCUACUGAACCAGUUGGCGUGGUUUGCCGAGUGGAUGGCGUGUACCAGGUGGUAGAAUACAGUGAGAUUUCUCUGGCAACAGCUCAGAAACGAAGCUCAGAUGGACGACUGCUAUUCAAUGCGGGGAACAUUGCCAACCAUUUCUUCACCAUACCAUUUCUGAGAGAUGUUGUCAAUGUUUAUGAACCUCAGUUACAGCACCAUGUGGCUCAAAAGAAGAUUCCAUAUGUGGAUUCCCAAGGGGAGUUAAUUAAGCCAGACAAGCCAAAUGGAAUAAAGAUGGAAAAAUUUGUCUUUGACAUCUUCCAGUUUGCAAAGAAGUUUGUGGUAUAUGAAGUAUUACGGGAAGAUGAGUUUUCCCCCCUAAAGAACGCAGACAGUCAGAAUGGGAAGGACAACCCUACGACUGCAAGGCACGCUUUGAUGUCCCUUCAUCACUGCUGGGUCCUCAAUGCAGGGGGACACUUCAUAGACGAAAAUGGCUCUCGCCUUCCAGCAAUUCCCCGCUUGAAGGAUGCCAAUGAUGUACCAAUCCAGUGUGAAAUCUCUCCUCUGAUCUCCUAUGCUGGAGAAGGACUAGAAGGUUACGUGGCAGAUAAAGAAUUCCAUGCACCUUUAAUCAUCGAUGAGAAUGGAGUCCAUGAGCUGGUGAAAAAUGGUAUAUGAAGCCCAGAUAUCAAGUUCUACCAUAAUAGGAAUAGCUUUUAUUUUUGAUAGACCAACUGUGAACCUACAUGACCUCUCCUGGAAGACUGAAGUUUGAAUAUCCACAGGGUUUCGUUUUACCUGUUGAACUCUUAUAAUUACUACAAACCUCCCAAGAUUCAGAUUAUUGAAUUUCAGAUGGCAUUUUUAUGAUUCUCAACCCAUCGAAGGUCUUAUUUAUAUUUUUCAAUUGUAUAUUUUUUUUUUUCCAAACCCAGGAAAACAUUGGCCAUCCAGGAAAUUUCCUAUAGUUUAAUUAUGGUCAGGAAUGUGCAACAUCACUUUACUUGGAGCUGGAAGCACUUGUUUUUCAAGUUGUAUAUAGUAAUAAUGUCAUUGUACAUGUCAAAAGGUUUCUAUGGUACUAAAAGUUUGUUUUAUUUUAUCAAACAUUAAACUUUUUUAAGAAAAUAAUUGGGCAAUAAAACAAACUUAUGUUCUUGUCUCUGGA